UCAGAAGGGAUUCUGCACACACACAGACAUCCAUGUCGGGCAUUUAAGGGUGUGCGUGUAUGUGCGGGUAUCUUUGUGUGGGUGUCUGGUCUUUGCGUACGGGGUUCGGCUUGGCUGCGGCAAGUUUCGCGAGGAAAUCAGGGCACUGCAGAUACCCAUGGCCGGCGCACCCGCACCAGAAACACACCUGCUGCAUACACAUUGAUAUGCGCACACAGAGAGAUACGCAGACAAUGUGGUGGCUGGAUGGAUGCGUACGUGUGUGCUGCCUGCGCACCUUGAAGUUGAACUUGACCCUGGUCGUGGGUACACUUCUGCACACACACGCAGAGGCGUGCAUACGUCGAUGCUUCACAGUAGCGAAUCAUCAGGCUUGUGUGUGUGUGAACUUUACGUCCGUCGUGGACGGACGCACAUCCUCCUUGGACCCCAGCUCAACCUCAACGCCCUGGAAUCAUGAGACACACACGCACACACACACACACACACAUUGAUGGGCAGCCAUGGAAGCAUCUGUGUACGUGUUGCUCGUCUUGGUGCCGGUGGGGGUGCCGGGCUCCUUAACCUUCUUGGAGAGGUUGUCCCACACUGUCUUGCCCUUGUUCGGCAUCGUGGAGCAGGGGACUCCGAAGUCCUGUGAGCAGCUCACACGCACACAGAUAAUUACAGGCCUGCAGGCACGUGUUGAUCAGUAAACAGCUCACCUUCGAUGUGCAAACGGCCAGCAAGGCAGUGCGGUCCAAAGUCGUCAUGAGUCCAUCGAAAAUGAAAUGUAGCCAGCGAUCUGCACACCACCCACACAAAGCGAAGAGAAAACAAAGUGUUUCUUUACGUAUUGUACAAUCAUCCACCCAACCACCCCCUCACCAGCAGCACCGCCACAGUUGGUCAGUCAGUCUGGGUGCACGUGGUGGCCGCGGAAAGUGCCAGAUCCCCCGGCAGUUGAUACAGCGGUUGCACCAGUGCACGGGAUCCUCCUCCUCAGCUGGUGUCUCGUAAUGGUAGCUGAAACGCAUGCCUGCAGACAGACAAACAAACACGGAGACAUCACGCAUUAGCGCAUGCGAUGCAUCUGUCUGGACUGCUCGACUGCCUGCACCCUACCUGUGUCGCCGAGUGGAAUCCGAAAGAAAUUGCGACGGCCGUGGUCGUGCUUGCGGAGGUGCUGGUGGUAGUUGCGGCCCAGCACCAGCAGGGACCGAAUCGACCUGCACACACGACACACCCACACACAGACGCUGGCCAUGUUGUGAGUGGGUGAGUGGAUGUGUGUGGAAGGAUACCGUUUGCGUCGCAGUCGUCUGAAACACAAAUCCACAGACACAAAUGCAUGAUUGAAGCCGUCAUUCCUCUCAUGCUUACCUUGACUGUUGGCUUCUUCAAGUUGGCAGCUGAUUGUUGUCUUCCCUGGCAGCCGUCAACUCCGAUUCCGGAGUUCUCGCGGCAUGAGUGAAUGAGUGGAUGUGUGUGCCCGUCUGCGUACCUUCUUCCGUGCCUUGAGCUUGAGGUUGACGAUGCCCUUCGCGGUAAUGAUUCAGAAGGGAUUCUGCACACACAGACAGAUAGCCAUGUCCGGCAUUUAAGGGUGUGUGCGUCGGUGUGUGUAUGUGUGGAUGCCCGAUCUUUGCGCACCUCGCCUUCGGCUGCGGCGAGGUCCUUCAUCAUGGCAUCGUGGUGGUUGUUGGUGCACACCUGCACACACAGGGAUAGACGUACGUCGAUGUAUCACAGCAGCAAAUCAUCAGACUUCUCUGUGUGAGCUUUACCUUGGUCGACUCAACGCGCUGGAAUCAUCAGAGACAAACACACAUACACACAGAACCACAUACACACAUUGAUGGGCAGCCAUGCAGGCAUCUAUGCUGGCGAGUGUUGCUGUGCGUACCUUGGUGGUGGCGGUUGUCUUUGAAGGCUUGCUCUUGGGGGGGCCGUUAGUCCACUUCCCCUUGUCUGUUGGUCUCGGGUGUGUCACUUCUGCAGACCUCGUCGGCCGGCGUGAAGUCCUUCAGGCUGUCCUGGGAGCCUGGCUGGAGAGGGUACUCCCGUCAGACACACACAGCCACAAUUCAUCAGACAUCCAUUCGUCAAUUGUCUGUGUGUCGUACUCACAUUCUUAUCGAACUGAGAAACCUGUGAUCAGAGCACACACACACACAGACACACACAGACAGACAGACAGACAGACAGACAGGGACAGGCAUCUGUAUGCGCGUGACUGCAAGUGUGUGUCACUCUGCGCACCGUGUCGUUGGUGUCAGUGCUGGUGGUGGUGCUGCCCGUCGGCGUGCGAGGCUCCUCGCUGACAACCUGCGAAAGAUCAAGACCGCAGGAACGGCUCUCGACAUGGCUCCUCCUUCCCUGUUCUUCCCUCAUCACCCUCCCUCGCUUUGCAUACCUUCACGACUUCACGCCACUCCUGCUUAGGUGGUGGCUGCUGGCGACCACGAGCACGACUACGAGCACGACCACGACCACGAGGACGACCACGAGGACGACCACCCAU